CGGUGUGCUAUUUCUGUCACGUAGGACGCAUACAUUCGUUGCUGCAUACAAGCGUACUGACAUCAAGACGCAAAUAAUAGGUAACACGGCGCGAAUCAGGAGUGAAAAGGGUUUCAGUUUGGUCGACCUUCGAUCGGGCAGUUCUAACUCCAUCGAAUUUUCGAAGGUGUUUCGAUAGUUUGUCAGUGGCCGUGAUUAUUUCAGUGAUUGCAACAACAAUGUCCGUGAUUAUGGAUUGUUUUCACCAGUAGCGGAUGUUGUGAAGUUUGUUAGUCACUUUAUUUAGCUGACUUCCCCGAUAAGCGAUACCGAUCCAUCGAGACUUCGAGACAGCUUUGUUCAUGAACAUUGGUGUUUAGUGUUGGGUUCCUCCACGAUCGAAAAACAAACAGGAUCUUUUGUUUUUCAAGGGUAGUUGUUCGUCCUUCGCGAUUCGUUUUCCUCUCUUCUCAGCUGGUCACGUCACUCGCAACAGCGGCGCGAGAAGCCAACCGAGGACUCCGUCACGGCUGAGACUCACCGAUACGAAUUCUACUGAUUACCGAAAAUCGGUUAUCGCACGGACGUGAAUUCCGUAUCGAUCUAUUUAAUUAGGAAUCUGUAAUGUACAAGCUCGGGGACGCGGGAAAAAUCAUCACGUCCACUAUUAAGUUUGUGCACUCAAAGAGGAAAGGAAUUUUCAUACACAUAAGAAACAUGUACAAGGACUCGAUAAGUCUUCGAUGUCAAAGAAGUUUUCUAACAUUUCGAUUCUAUUGAACGCCUUGACCGUUGCGACUGAGAAACGAGGUCAAGAUUUUUGCCAGAACAACCAGUCAUCAAACUCCGAUGUAAUGGGGUGUUAAUGACAUAAGAAGCGGUUCGCUAGGAGAUGCAUCAAGAGUAUUCAGUACAGGGACGCUGCUUUUAUACACUGUAAGAGAAAAACCAUUGACAUACUGACAACAUGAAGCUGUUGGAGAGUACACGCUUCGAAGCUAUCAAUAGUGCCUUGUCCAUCAAGACCGGAGACAGCAAAAUAAUAGGCCGAAUAGAAAGCUACUCUUGUAAAAUGGCUGGGAAUGACAAACAGUUAUACAAACGUUUCAAUGCAGAACAAGGAUUUACUCCACAUGAUCUUCAAGCUUUAUCACCACCUCAAACAUCUUUGGGAACAUCACCGGCUCAAAGGUACUUUAGUCGCAGUGUUUCUGGUGAUGAAGAUGGCCCACUAUGCGACACAAUCAGUAGAAAAACUCUGUUCUAUUUGAUUGCCACUUUGAAUUCAGCUUUUCAUCCGGAUUAUGAUUUCUCUGAUGCUAAAAGUCAUGAAUUUAGCAAGGAACCAAGUUUGACAUGGGUGAUGAACGCAGUAGACAGUAAUUUGAGUGCAACUGCAGGUGAUCAUUAUCGUACUCUUAGGACCGCGCUUUGGGCGGCCAUCGAUGAUGAGAUAUCAUUAAACGAAUGUGAUAUUUAUAGUUACAAUCCAGACUUUGUAUCCGAUCCAUUUGGAGAAGAUGGAUGCUUGUGGUCUUUUAAUUAUUUCUUCUACAAUAAGAAAAUGAAACGCAUUGUGUUUUUCACAUGCAGAGCAAUAAAUCCUCUCUACGUACUAGAUUCUGGAGUUGGCAGUGACUUUGCCAUGGACGAAGAUGAAGAUAGAUACUAAAUUUAUAAUGCAUACUUACAAACUUUAUCCCCCAUCACUUUUAUUAAUUUUGCCAUACAAAGGCAUGAGUGAAUGUUCAAUAUGAUCUAUUACAUAGAACUCUUAUUAUGUACAAUGAUAUACAAUUAAUUUUCAUAA